AUGGGAAAGACUGCUAUUCGGACGGCUAACAAGGUCAGCUUUGACAAGGCGGCCUCUGAACAACCUGGACUUCAUAAUAGAUGGCACCCUGAUAUUCCCUUCUCCGGAACAAUCAAGGAUGGCGAGACGGUCAAGAUUGAAUGCGUAGACUGGACCGGCGGCCAGAUUGGUAACAACGACUCCGCAGACGACAUGCUCAACGUGGAUCUCACCAAGAUCCACUACCUCUCGGGUCCCUUCGAAGUCGAAGGCGCCCAGCCCGGCGAUCUGCUCCUCGUCGAAAUCAUGGACGUCCAGCCCUUCGAGGACCAGCCGUGGGGUUUCACGGGCGUCUUUGACAAGAACAAUGGCGGCGGAUUCCUUGACGAGAUCUACCCGACCGCCGCAAAGGCAAUCUGGGACUUUGAGGGAAUCUAUUGCACAUCGAGACACAUCCCCGGCGUCAAGUUCGCGGGCCUGAUCCAUCCCGGCAUCCUGGGCUGCGCGCCCUCCGCCGAGGUCCUCGACACCUGGAACACCCGCGAGGGCGAGCUCAUCAGCGCCAACAAGCUGGAGCGGGACGUCGCGAAGCCCCCCGAGCCGAUCAACGUCCACGCCGGCGCCGCGGACGCUGCACUCAAGGAGAAGGUGGGGAAGGAGGGCGCGAGGACAAUCCCCGGACGACCGGAGCACGGGGGCAACUGCGACAUCAAGAACCUGAGCAGGGGAAGCAAAGUCUACCUCCCGGUCCACGUUCCCGGUGCCAAGUUCAGCGUCGGCGAUCUGCACUUCUCCCAGGGCGACGGAGAAAUAUCAUUCUGCGGCGCCAUCGAGAUGGCCGGCGUCAUCACCAUCAACUUCAAAGUGAUCAAGAACGGCGUCGCGGACCUCGGCCUCAAGUCGCCCAUCUACAUUCCCGGCCCCGUCGAGCCUCAGUUCGGCCCCGGACGACAGAUUUACUUUGAAGGUUUCUCCGUCGACGAGCACGGCAAGCAGCAUUACAUGGAUGUGACGGUUGCAUAUCGGCAGACCUGUCUUCGCGUCAUCGAGUACCUCCGCCGCUUCGGCUACAGCGAUUACCAGGCCUACCUACUGAUGUCCUGCGCUCCAAUUCAGGGCCACGUGGCCGGCAUCGUCGAUAUCCCUAACGCAUGCACGACUAUCGGUCUGCCGAUGGACAUUUUCGAUUUCGACAUCUCUCCGGCUGCCGGCAAGGUUGAGAAGCGCGCCUUGGGCAGCUGUGCUUUUGCUACCGGGGUGACGGAGGGCAAGAUCACGAAGGGUGGAGAGAACAGUGAGCACAGCUACGGUGGCGGACUGACUUACAAGAAGUCUGUGGUGGAAGAUGUGAAGGACAAGGUAAUGGGCGGCGUGUGA